CGUCGAGCGUCCAUUGGGCGGCCCCCUUAAAGCCACCGGAGAGAGGGUAGCUGGCCCCUUCGCAAAUCCACAAAUAAGUCAGUAUUCCACUUUGGGACUUAGGAGGUUGUUGUCAGUCGACCUCAGGCAUUCACGGCGUGACGGACCUUAACGCCAUAGUCGAGUGCGCGUGCGCGUGCGGGGGGCUUGAAAUUUUAACGAGGGAAAGGAGUUUCCUGUACGUCCGGCAAGAUCCUAGAUGAAAUAAGAAAAAAGCAGAAGAAGAACCCCCGUUAAUUGUAUAUAGACAUGUAUAUCUAUAUAUAUCGGCAUUACAUUGUAUAUAAAUAACAAUAAUAACAUAUGGAUAAAUAACAAUAAGGACGGUACCGGGGAACCCUUAAUCGGGAGGAAUCGUGAGUGUAUACGUUGAGACGUGAUAGAACCAACCGAGGAGAGAGUAAGAGAGACAGAGUGAGAGAGACAACAGUGUGAAAGUGCGUGAAAAAGUGUGCAGUCAUAUUCACUGAAGGAACGCUCAGAAGUUUUGAUAGAUUUUUUUUCCUUCUUCCUUCAAUCGAACUUUAUCGUGGUGACAUUCUCUUUAAUUGACAUCAUCGACGUCACGUCUUCGUCAACGUCUCCUGGGAGUUCCCGGUGGAGUCCGGAGGAUCCACGUCGGGCUCGAGGAACAAGAUGAGAGGAAAUUGGGAUACUCUGGAACCUCUUGUCCUGGCGCCUGGACAGCAGCAUCAGCAGCAAGCCCCGCAGCACACCAUCGUCGAGGAACAACGUCAUCCCCUCCAUUCGACAACCACGCCCGCCUGGGGUGGUAUCGCCGAUAGAAUCGUGAAGGAAGAACCUUCCGAGGAUAAGAACAACGACUCGGGUGUGUCACCAGGGCACUAUACCAGUAACUCGGCAUCCCCUAGAAGUCGCAGGUCUUCGUCCACUGCCAAUUGCAGUCUGUCGCCCGGUAGCGCCACUUCCCAGGAUUCCAAUACAAUGCAGUGCACUACCUUCGAGUACAGUCCACAGAGACUGUUCAAAACUUGCGGCUCGCCCCUGGAGUAUACCAGGAUCACGAGUAUGGACGAGUCUCCGCAUCAGCAAGAUCAGACUAUGGACGUCGUUUCCAGUAGCAUGAAACCAGCUAGCGAGGACGGCGAAGUUGGUCAGGAUACUUUUCAAUGCCCUGUUUGCUCCUUCGCUACGUUAAAUAGGCAUCAAUUUUCCGAACACUUGACUGCACACUGUGCGACAAAGUGCACGACCCCGGACUUUGCCAAGUCAGUACUCAAUCAAAUGACAACACAGUCUGAAGAAAACAGCGGAUCAUCCCCAACUCAGGGUGACCGUUCUGAGCAUGAAUCCGAGGAAGCCGACGAACCUGGUCUGCGAGUUCCACGUAUAAACUCCCAAGGAAAAGUCAAGACUUUUCGAUGCAAACAGUGCAACUUCGUGGCCAUAACGAAACUCGAAUUUUGGGAGCACAGCCGGGGUCAUAUCAAGGCUGAGAAACUGCUGACCUGUCCCAAGUGUCCUUUUGUCACGGAAUACAAGCAUCAUCUGGAGUACCAUCUCAGGAAUCACUUUGGCUCGAAACCUUUCAAGUGCGACAAGUGUUCGUACUCUUGCGUUAACAAAUCUAUGUUAAACAGCCAUCUCAAGUCCCAUUCGAAUGUCUACCAGUACAGAUGUGCCAAUUGUUCCUACGCAACCAAGUACUGUCACUCUCUGAAGCUUCACCUUAGAAAAUACUCCCACAAGCCGGCAAUGGUACUGAAUGCCGAUGGCUCACCCAAUCCAUUACCCAUAAUAGACAUUUAUGGUACGCGCAGGGGACCUAAACAGAAACCAAUAAAAACACAGGAAGACACUGGCGUCACUAACGCGGUGCCAAACUCUCUACAGUCGCCGCUAGGCACCAAUCAGUUAGUGGUACCACCUCAGGUCUCGCCAGUAAGUCGACAUCCGACUGGACCAAUGAAUCCAAUGAUCCAAAUAAACGGCAUGAGCCACAUACAGAGUGGCUUGGUACCUUCGUUUCCGUAUAAUCAAUUAUUCGGUAGCUUUGCAUUGCCAAAUCAGUUUGCACUGCCUGAGGAGAAUGGCGAGAAACAACUGGAACAUUUAAAAUCCACAGUAUUAUUGGAAUACGCAAAAGCACUGAGUGCUGAAAGAUUCUCCGACGACUGUCAGCAAGAUUGUCAGAAGACGUCACCGGUAGAUCUUGAACUGGCAGACGGACCUGUCACGCAUGACGUGAAGAACAGCGUAAAGGAUACUGCCACGUCGACAACAAUAGAACCGGAUGUUGAGCCCGAGACUAGAACAACUCCGCUGGAUCUGAGUAAACCGGAACCACCGAUCAGUCAGAUGAUAACCACCAAUUCUCCAAGAGCUUCCGGUACCAGUAGACGCAAAGGAAGAGCAAUAAAGCUGGAUCGUCGCGUCGUUGAAGAUGAAUCCGAUGAAGAACACGAGGAAGACAUGGAGAAUCCUUUGGAAUCUCCUUUAGCGAGUUCACCAGCUGUUCAGGUUGCCGACGACAGGUCCUUCAUAAGCGUUGGCAUGAGUAACGAAUUCACCUGUCAAUAUUGUGAAAUUGCUUUUGGUAAUCUUGUCAUGUAUACAGUUCACAUGGGUUAUCAUGGCUAUAAGAAUCCGUAUACCUGUAAUAUGUGCGGCCAUCAGUGUACUGAUAAAGUGUCCUUCUUCUUGCACAUUGCUCGGUCGAAGCACUCGUAAACUGGAUUCAUUAUAAUGAGUUUCUUUAUGAACAUGGAGUCCGCCAUUUUGUUGACGCCUUAUGUAGAUCCAUCUUCAUGAGAUUCGCAUUAUUCCUCGCAUCCUGGAGUCACUUCUGAUUUGGCGUAUGCACGAGGUUAAUCGAACGAGAAAAAAAGUUUGAAUACCGGAUAUAUAUCGUCUGGCGAAUCGAAAUAAGCUUCUUCUUUUCUCGUUGCUCUCUUUUUUUGUCUCUCUCUCCUUCUCUUGCUUGCUUGAAAAAUAUUUAUGGAACUUCAACAAGGACUUUGCAGGAUUCAACGAGCGUCUUGCGGCUCGCCAGUGAAACUGGGAUACCGACGCCUCUAUUAAGCGUCUGUUUUUAGUUUUUCUUAAACUGGACCAGAAGUGUUUUCUUCCAUUUUAUAUUUCCUGAUGAUUUCCACUAGCGUCCGUUGGAUACUCGAGUCCUGUUUUAAAUCUUUGCGAAUUUCUUUAUGGCUGACACUCAGAAUAUGAGGGAUUAUUAUUUUUGAUUUUCUUAUUCUUUCAUUUUAUUUUACCGAAAUGAACUUUUGAGCAAGCAAAAGAAAGAGAGAGAGAGAAAAAGAGAGCAAACAAGUAGCAGCUCAAGUACAUACGUGCCGUUACAUAAAUAAUUAUAUUUAAGGAUACACAGUCAUUUAUAAAAAAAAAAAAAGAAAAAACUUAUCUACAAGUUUUAGGCGCGAUAUUUAAAAAUUCUUUAAAAUCCCACAGAGAACAAGGUGGCAUCGCCCGGCCACUUUAUCUCUGCAGUACGAAGCUCGCAUAUUAAUUUCCUCAAUUGCACGGCAGCAAGAUGUAAGAUAGAAAAAAACAAAAUAGUCAAGUAAAAAUUGGAGCACGUGACAAUGAUGCAAGCGUCACAAGACGGAAGAAAGAUAGAAAAGAUACAAGCAAAGAGGAACACGAGAUAGUUUACAAUUGACGAGGCUCUAUAUUUUUCUUUUUCUUGUCAGAGAAUAAUGUUUCUUGAAGAGAAGGACGAAGGGAAUCUCUGCAUUCUAGUCAUUGUGAAGAAUAAAUAAAGAAAAAAAAAGAAACAAUUAAUAACACCGGGCGGACGCUCAGAGCGUCCUCUGAGCUCGGGGUGCAAUUUAAGAGUAAAAGACUUAUGGGAUUGUGGUCGUCACGGCACGGCGUCUAGUUGCGUCGCGACGCCUAUCAUCCACAAUAUGGCUGUUACAUUCCGAACGUCCUUCUGGAUUAUCAUUAUCUCGGACGGAGUUCGUCGCGAAUUCAUUGAGAUUCAAUAUCAGCGGAUCAUUCUUCCACGUUCGGUAUUAAUUCAUUGUGGCCUGGAACAAAUGCCAUUAUAUAUUAGUAAAUUCGCGAGAUCCUUAUUAUAGAAUAUAUUUUUCUAAGGAAAUUUCUGAGGAGCUUGUAAUCAAGAGAGAGAGAUUAAGAGAGUGAAAUAGAAUGAGAGUACGUGAAAUGCGUGUGUAUAUGAAAUAUUGAAAUAAUGUAAGAUGAAGGUGCACUGAAUUUCUCUUUUUCUUUUUUUUCUUUUUCUUUUUGUGUGGAAAAAGGCCUUUUUCUAUGCCAUCGCGUAUCUUCGAAACGUCCUGUACAGCUUACCGGAUAGAAGCCAUUUAAAUACGUAUAUUUUCAAAUAGAUAAAUCUAUCUUAAGAUCCUAGCUAGACGGAUUUCAAUUUAUUCGAGUCAAGAUGGAUUUAUAAUAUUAUUAUUUUCUUUUUUUUUUUCGUUUCCUUAA